AUGGGCCUACCGAACGGCAUACAAAAUGCCAAUUGGCAAGAGCCCCUUUCGGUUGGUGUAUGGCAAAGCUUGCCAUUUACCAGUGGAGAUAGAGCACAAGGCAUAUUGGGCAUCAAAGAGUGUAAUCCAAGUUUGGGUGGAGUCGGAAUUGAGAGAAAGCUACAACUAGUGGAGUUAGAAUGUUUGAGGCUUGAACCUUAUGAGAACUCUAGACUUUACAAGGAGAAAAUGAAAGCCGUGCAUGAUAGGAGCAUAAGAGGCAAAAAAUUUAAAGCCGGUGAUCUAGUCCUUCUUUACAAUUCUAGAUUGAGAUUGUUGCCCGAUAAACUAAGGUCAAAAUGGGAAGGCCCAUAUCAAGUCAAUGGGCACCGUGUCAAGUUGUAUCACGGUGAGCAAAUGAAGAGUAACAAAGAGAUUGAGAUAUUCCUUUUGGAAGACGCACCUCUUGGCAAAGAGCAAUGA